UGCCGAGCCAUGUUCGUURUACUAAAAGAUUGAGCAUUUCUUUGAUCUUUUGAAUCAUUGAAAAAAGCUUGAGUCCUGCUUUCUGCUACAAUUUAUCAGUUUUCAGAUCUAUGGGAUUCCUGUGGCAGUAACGUUAUAUGACAAGCACGGAUUGRGCAUUUCGUGAAGUAACGUGGUUGACUCGUUCAGUUUUGUGUGAUGUUGCGGCAAAUUCACUGCAACAUUUUAUAACUUACGGUGAAAAUGGACAGUUGGCUUAUYAYACCACUACAAAAUGGAUGAAAUUCAGCAAAAACACCAAAAAGUUUACAGCUUUUUGAAGCGUGUUCUGUCUCAAGAGCGCUAUGAGAGAGUUCGUGCAAUCGAACCCUGUGUUAUCGUUGCAAAUGGWUUCAAUAAGGCCUUCAAAUUUGUCAUUCUGGGAGAUGAUAGGGUCUAUAUAACUGAAAACCCACCAAAAGUUUCAAAAGAUAUUCGCAUAAUAAUCGAGCUUUCCAAUGUCACGGAUAUCCAAAUGAUUCAUGAUGUUCCAGAGUUUCUWGGUGGAGAUCUCAAAAACCAAACGCAGCACAUUUUGAUCACAYAUAGAUCUUCAACACCAUCGCCUUCAAGUCCAAGAGCUAAAAAAUCUACUUCACCAAUUCCUGAAGCAUCAUCAACAGGACUUGCUUCUUCACUCAUGACAGCAUCAGCAUUACUUAGACUAGASUAUARUGAYACAGUACAACCAAGCACUUCAGGGUCAUGUACUGACAGGACAAUGAGAGAUGAAGUGGAUUUMGUGAGAAAAYUGAACAGCAAGUCAAAUAAAAUGAGUGUAUCUGAAGGAAAUAUUCCUCAGUUGUUAGAAAAAGAAAGAAUUCAAGCUUCACAAACACAAACAGUAAAAAAUAACUUCUUAUGUGUCCCUGGAGGUAGGCGUCCUCUACCACCACCUCCAGCAGUUUCAACAACAACUUAUCUUACUCCUCAACAAAAUAGAAAAACAAGACGCAAAAGACAUAACAGUCAAGACCUGAAUUCCAGCUCAAGCAGUAAUGAGUUGGAUUUCUCCUCAUUCAGAGAUGAAUUAUCCUGUGACAAUUCACAUGAAGACUUUUCAUCAUCUCAUGAUAGUUUAGAAAGUAGAAGGACAACAUAUUCACAUUCAACAAAAUCAAGAAGUUUAGAUGAUACACCGACUUUAGUAGAAUCAUUGAAUUUGAAAGAAGAUAGUGUUGUUGGCAGUUCUGAUGGAAAAACUGAAGAGCUACACUUGUAUAUACUAGAACAAGGGUCUCCUAUGUUUGUAAUGGUAAAAAGUACAUGGAAUAACUGUAUUUUGAAAUCUACCUUGCAUUAUGGAGAAAAAAUGUCAUCUACAGGGUCAAAAGUUGAUAAUUCUCAAUUGCUGACAUUGUUCAACCAGAUCAAAGCAGAAAUUCUCAAUUCCCGCAAAAUAGAAAAUACAUUUGUUCUUAUUAAUGAGCUGCUCACUGCGGCACAGAAGAGCUUUGCAUUAAAAAAAUACUUCUGGAAGUCACCAGAGUUAUUUCAGUUCAUCGUGGGUCAAAUUCAACUCUAUCUUCCUCAUUCGCCCUCAAGGACUUCAAAACGAAGAGGAAAUAAUCGCAAUGAUGAAUUUGAUUUCGUGGUUGUCUUAUUGGAUUGUUUAGUUUGCAUGUUCAGAGAAACCGAAAUUUUGAUGUCGCGAUGGAAUGUUCUCAAGGAAAACAAGGGAAAAGCUGUUCAAGAUCUACUAGAAUGUAUUCUUGCAACUCCUACAAAAUYUCGUCGAUCAGAACCUAAAAUAUCUCCAGCGGCACAGCUGCUACUGAUGGGAUCGUCACAAGACAUGGAAACAGCAAAAAAAGAAGAGGAGACGAUUCAGUUGCUGAACGAAAUUACGGACUGUUCAACAGCUUUGUUGUUCGAAAUUGUACUUACAGCCCAUCAGGCCUUAAAUUUUGCUGUAGAAAACAAUACAUUGAACAUCUGUUGGCUGGUAAAGAUGUUAGACUCUUCGAUAUCCACAGAGGCAUUUGUAGAACGAAUGAUGGAACGAAAAAUGGCGAUUAUUUCCAGCAGUAGGAAGCAUCUAUCGCCUAAGAAUGCAGUCUUGCUGUACCGUCAACUGUACAUCUUGCAUAAUAUCAUGGAUUAUAGUGAUUUUAUGGCUACAGCCAUAUCUAGAUCGUACGCUGAAGAAUUCAGAUACUACAUCAAAGCAUCGGCUAUUAGAAAGAAGCUCCUAUCWGAGUAUCCCCUGACCACGCCCAUCCUGUCACUCUUGGAAAAAGUCACUGCAAAAGUACUAAAGAACAAACCMAGUGUUUCAUUCAGUAGAUAGUGCCUGGCCUUGUUUAUAGAAAUGUUAAGAGAGGGAAAAGCCACCAAAUGAGUUAUGGUUGGAAUUCGGUCCUCGGUUAAAGUGCUUGGAGUCUUCCAAGCCAGUAUAGUCAGCACUAACCAAACGGACAGUCCACAUUACGGAAAUCCCAUCAUUUCAGAUAGCCGCUCCAAAGAAUUUACUGAAAAURACUGACUUUGCAGUGGAGAACAAAUGCGAAACGGUGUCACGCUAUAACAAGAGUUGACUGUAAUAGAAGUUUUCCUUUGUCAYUGUAGAUUAUUCUGUAUUUACAUCGCCAAAUAUUGCUUUUGGUAUAGUUUAUAUUUUUCUACAUUAACUUGUUAAUUGUUAUAUGUGUAAUUUAUUUAUGACAGAUGAAAAUCUUUAAAUCAAAAAUGCAUUCAUUAAGUUUACAAAAUGUUAAUUCAAAAAA